AUGAGUCCCCAAUUUGAUAAUUUGACAUAUUUAGCAAAAAACAAGGACAUGACCGGAAAGCUCCGAUUGCGGAUUCAUGGUUCGGCACCCGGUUCCUUGGCACAAAAGUUUAAGAAGUUUAACCUUCUCGAAGGAUGUGUGUACGGGAUUACAAGUUGGGAACUUAAGGAGGACAAAGAUGCAUUCAAAUUAACCGAAUCAAGUCAUAAGUUUGAGUUUGGUGUAAACACAAACAUGUACAAGCUCGACAUUUCUAUUGUGGACGACACCGACAUUGUACAACUUUUGUGUUGGGAUAAGCAAGAUGAUGGACCAAAUUUGCCAAUUGAAAUUGAGUUGUUGACUUAUAAAGCAAUCAUGUUUAAAAUAUCAAAGAAGAAUGAUCAAAUUGGACCUUAUAACGGUCCAUUUACGGUUGCUCGCAUUACCGCUGAUCCUAUUUUUCUCAAUCGGUUUGGACCCUUGGCAAACCCUUCACAAGAAUCAAAGGCUGAAGAAGUGUACAGCCCAAUCAGGGCUGUAAAGGCUGAAGAAGUGUACAGCCCAAUUAGGGUUGUAAAGGCAGAAGUGUACAACCCCAUCAGGGUUGUAAAGGCUGAAGAAGUGUACAGCCCAAUCACGGCUGUAAACGCUGAAGUGUACAACCCAAUCAUGGUUGUAAAGGCUGAAGUGUACAGUCCAAUCAGUGUUGUAAAGGGCUGCAAAGAGGAGACAAAGAAGAUAGAGCAAACUGAGUUGUUUGGCGACGGGUCAAGCUGUUCGGAAGAGCCGAUGGGGAAGAAGAAAAUAAAGCUUGAAGAAAUCUGA